AUGGUCACCAUCACACUUUCCUCCUGGGCCGUGUCCCUCCUCGCUUUCACAUAUGUUGAAGCUGUCGUACUUCAUCCUCGAUCAUGCUCCUUCUCUUGGCCCGCCGAAUCUGGUGAUACUUGCUUGUCAAUGGCACAAGCAUGGGGUAUCACCGAAUCUCAAUUCAUUAGCUUCAAUCCUGGAGUCAUCUGUGCCUCACUCAUUCCUGGACAGGAUUAUUGCGUUGAAUGGGACGGCUCGCCCCCGCCUAUGCCUUCGACUACCAGGACAUCUGUCCCUCCUGUAACUACUACAACUACACCUACCGGUCCUUCGCCCACUCAGGAAGGAAUUGCCAAAGACUGUGAGAAAUAUUAUCUCGUCAAAUCGGGUGACACCUGCCAGAAAAUCGCAGAUACUUAUAAGACAUUCACUUUGAACCAAUUUUAUUCAUGGAACCCAGCAGUGGGCAAAGAUUGCUCUAGUCUUUGGGUCGACUAUUACGUCUGCGUCGCCGUCAAAGGUACCCCUGAUCAGCCACCACCAACAACUACGCCGCCGCCAUCUGAUCCCAACAAGCCUAGCCCAGCACAGCCGAAUGUGAACCCCAAAUGCAAUAAAUGGUACCUUGUCUCAUCAGGCGACACCUGUCAGAAGAUUUCGGAUGCAUAUAAGAUCUCCCUUUCCACUUUCUACCAGUGGAAUCCCGACGUGGGCAGCUCCUGUGCUAGUCUAUGGCUUGGCUAUUAUGUUUGCGUUGGGUCUCAAUAA